AUGAUUUCAGAAGUAAAUAAUAUAUAAUCGCCAGAAAGAAGAAUCAUAUAAACGAAAAUAUCUCUUCUGAAGGUUCNAUCCAACAAAAGAGUUGAUCAUAAUUAUUACUACAUGCAAGAAAUAAUUGCUAUUGGAAGAUUAAACUUGUGCAAACUAAGAAGAAAUUCAAAAUUUCUUUACUUCUUAAACUAACAUUCUAAGUUUCUGGAUAAAUAUUAAGUAUUUUAAUUCAAAAAACCAAGAUUUUGAUGUUGUAAAGAAGUAAUAUUAUAUAUCAUUUGAAUAAGAGAGAGCACAAUAAAUAUAAGUAAUUGUAAAAUAGUAAAAUACGUAAAUAGAUACAGGAAUAUUAUUUGGAAGUUUCUAAGAAGAAACCUUUAUCUUUGAUGCUUAAUUUUUAAUGAGUACAAUAUCUAUUGACUUUUUCCAUAAAAUGUUAAAUAUGGAAUCAUUUAUAGCUUUUACGAUACGUUUAGAUCCUUUCUCUUAUGAAACAUAAAUAGUUUAUCCUAAAUUAGGAGAAAUUUUAGCAUAAGUUGGAUCAAUCGUUAGUAUUAUAAUGAUGGUAUAAUAUCUAGCAUAAUUUUAUAAUGAAUAUCUCCUAUAAAACUCUCUUAUUGAAUCAGUUUUAAAAAAUCUUAUUUAAAAUUAUGAUUCCAUAAAAAACUCCUAAGACAAAAAAAGUAAAACUAUCUUAACUAAAUUGUAAAAGUUCGCUAAGCAAAAAUUAGUCUUUACUAAUAUGAUAAAUGAACUCUCAAGGAUUGAGUUAUUUUUAUUGAGUUUUUUUGAUAAUAUAGAGAAUGCCUCCUGUUAUAGUGUACCUAGGUCAGUAAAAUCACAUAAUUACAGUUUCUAAUAAAUAAUGAACCUAAGUUGGAAUCAAUGGAAGGUAUUUUUUCCAUAAUUUCAAAUAAUAAUAACAACAAUAUUAUUAAUGACGAAGAAUUUUCAGAUCUUUUCAAAGCAUUUAUCAUUCAUCCAUAAAUAGAAAAGAAAUCAAUGA